AUGUCAAUGUUCAAGACCAUUCAAAGCAAUCCAGGUGUCAUCACCAUUUUCCACAAUGUUCAUUCUCAACUGUCUAAGUCCUUGUUAACAAAAUUACAACAAUCUGCGAAACCUUAUCAUCAACAAGUUUCAAGUAAACAUCAAUCAAUUUUAAGUAAAGUUCUACAUGGCAAUUCAGAUUCUGAAAGUAAAAGCCCACUAGAGAAAUACACAAUUGAACAAAUUAAUUCUGGUUUUCCAACUUAUGAUCAAUUGAAAUUAAUUAAAUCAUUUGUUAAUAGUCAUCCAUCUUCUAAAACAACCUUCAUUGAUGUUUUCCCCAAAUUCAUUGAUCCGAAAGUAUUAGAAAGUUUGAAUGGCGCUAAUAAAUACAACUUUAAUAUAUCAGAUUUGAAGAUUCCAGAUGAAAUGGAAAUAAAUGAAUUAUUGAAUACAGAUUAUGAAAAGUUAUUAAAAGAUGGUUGGUUCAAGCCUCCUUUAGUUAUUGAUUGGGAUAAUAGUUUGAUUGCUAAUAAUGAAUUCACAUUAGAUAGAAUUUUAAAGCAUUAUAGUGCAGAGAAUCAUUCAAAUGGUGAUUAG